AUGGAUGAAGGCUUUGAUGAAGCCAACCACAGAACUCACGAAUCCACGCUCACGAUCAACAAGACUGAUGUUGUGGUUCUCUCUGAUGGCAAUUUUAGCAACUUCUUGUCCAAGUUCAGACAUGUGAUUGUGGAGUUCUACGCGCCGUGGUAUGAGCACUGCAAAGCCCUCGCGUCGGAGUACACUGCAAUAGCCAUGGCGCCGCUCAAGGAGGAUGUGGUUCUCGCCAAGGUGAACGCUAGGAAGGAGAAUGAGCUAGCACAAUGCUUUGAUGUUCAGGGGUUUUCCACCAUGAUUUUCCUCAUCGACAAUAUGGGCCUCAGGUUCGCUUCUGCCAUAUGCGUCGCUGCCGCCUCAACUAAAAGGUCUCUCUAUCAUGCACUCUUCAACAUGCGACUCAGUGAUCAAACACAAACCCUAAUGAAAACGAACCUGCGAUGGAGGAAGAGAUCUCUGCUGCUCUUGGACAAACUUCUUCUCCGCGUACUCGCCAUUGUCACUGACACCCUUCGCCUCCCCGCCUCCCUCAUUUUCAAAUCAUUUGAGGGGUCGAUUCUUAGGGCUUCCAGUCGUGAGAUGUUGGUGUUCAAGCUUAGUAGAGUUUUGAAUCUACUCAUCCCUUUUUCAAUGAUUUCCAACAUCAAUUUGGAUUUUUCUGGUGAGUAUAGCCUCCUGCUCUAUUCCAGCUUUCGGGACUUUCCGUUCCCAGAUGCAAUCAACAGAUGA